AUGGAUGUCAAUCGCAAUGUUGCUGUGAAUGAAUGUCCAGUUUGCGGCGCACAAGAUGGAUUGUACUCGGUAGAAUACGCGUCAGCUCGUGAGCCUCUCUUCAAAGUGAUGAGAAACCUAACGAAAGGCACGCGAAUGGGUUUGGAGCAGGCGGAGCCCCGACCUCUAUGUGAAACAACUCUUGCGUUUCCUAUAAUAUACCGAUAG